GUGUGUCUCUCCGAGAAAGAGCCGUCAGUUUGUCACUCGGAGAACUUUUUCUCCCCUUCCCUCUGCCUCCUUGUGUGAAGUGUUUGCCACCGCCCGUUUCCUCUCCAAACUUUAAUCAGGCAGGUUAUGUUGGAGAGGAGGUGAAAGGGCUCAUAAACGAUUCUGCUUUAUUCUGAACGGAUUUUCCUGCGUUUGUUUUAAAGACUUACAGACCAGUUGAAUCAAACCGGGACUUUGAGUUUCAGCCAGCAUGGGGGACGUGAUUUCCAGUCACCUGGAUGAAGCCAAGCGGGAGAUUAUCACAGCUCGCACCAGGGAGGUGAUGGGGGAGUUUGGGCGUCUGUACGAGCAGCAGUAUGCCGUGGCUCUCUUUAACAAAGUUCGCUUUGACAUAGAAGGAGGAGGUGGCCCACAACCCCAGCUACUACAUCGCAAGAUUCCUCUGGAGAACAAAUCCAUCUUCUCUGGCUCGCUCUUUCAGUAUUUGGAGGAGAACAAGAAAUGGAGGAACCGCUUCCUCUUUGUUCCAGACUCCUACAACAUCAACUACUAUGACAGCAAAGCGUCCCAUGAUAGACGCCUCCAUCCCAAAGGAACCAUCAACUGUGCUGGCUACAAAGUGCUGACAUCUAUGGAGCAAUACCUGGAUCUGUUCAACAACAGCCUACCUGAUAUGAAAGCCAAGGUGGGGAGUUCACCCUUCCUUAAGUGUGCCACCCAGUUCCCGCUGAUUCUCUGGCACCCUUUCGCCCGGCAUUACUAUUUCUGUGUGGUUGCGGAGAACGAGCAGCAGAAGUGGCAUGCUGUCCUCCAGGACUGUGUCAGACACGCCAAUGAUGGUUUGUCAGAGGAGAAUAAAGUCCAAACACCAGCCUUUACUGAUGCAGUACGACUCUACCGUCAAGCUCAGGGGCACUACGGCACCUGGGAGAUGAUGUGUGGUGAACCAUCACAGAUCCUGUCUAACCUGGUGAUGGAGGGCCUCCUCCCUGAGCUGAGGGAGCUCAUUGCCCCACGCCUGAAAGGCAAACUACACGAGAGGCAGAGGAACUGGAUGCUGAUUAGUGAUGCGGUGUAUAGCCUGGUGCAGGGGCAGUGCCAGGCUCAGUAUGAGGCAGUGCUGAAGAAGUGUGAGGCUUCCUGCUCUUCUCUGGAGGCCUCCAUACGAACAGACAUGGACCAGAUCAUCACAUCCAAGGAGCAUGUCACCAACAAGAUCAGAGAGGUCGUUCUCCCCAAAGCUGAGAAGCUGUUGAAGGUGAGUAUCGAGCCCUACAUCAGCUCCAUCCUGGACGCCCUGAUGGAGCCGACCAGUCGAGGUUUCUCUGAGGUCCGUGAUGUGUUCUUCAGGGAACUGGUGGACAUGAGCAAGAACACCCUCAAUGGUGGCACCAAGGAGACCGUGGCACAGCACAUGGAGAAGAUCUCCAUGCUGGCCUUCCACCCAGUGAAGAUGCAAAGCUGCUAUGAGAAGGUGGAGCCACUGAGUCUGGAGGGUCUGCAGCAGAGGUUUGACGUCGCCAGCCCCUCAGUGUUUGUCCAGAGGGCCCAGAUCCUCAUGAGAGAGCAAAUGGAUCAUGCAGUGUAUACAUUUGAGCAGAUCCUUCACCAGAGUCUGGAGUCUCAGGGUACAGAGGAGCUCUGCAAGACUAUCCAGCGCUGCCAGGACAGAGUCAUUAAGAAAUUUGACUAUGACAGCAGCACAGUGAGGAAGCGUUUCUUCCGUGAGGCUCUCCUUCAGAUCUUCAUCCCCUACAUGCUGAAGCAACUCGGCCCCUCCUGUGCCUCGGAGCUGCCGCGCUUCCAGGAGCUGAUCUUUGAAGACUUCUCCCGUUUCAUUCUGGUGGAGAAUAUCUUUGAAGAAGUGGUGCUGCAUUCGGUCAUGAAGGACAUCAUGAUGGCUGUAAAGGAGGCAGCGGUCCAGAGGAGACACAACCUGUACAGGGACAGCAUUGUCCUCAGCAACAGCGACCCCAGCCUGCACCUACUGGGAGAAAAACCCUCUAUCGACUGGGCCGGGGAGUACGGAGGAGCCCAGGAGGAGGCAGACGGAGCAGGGGAGGACAUUGAGGGCGAUGGUGAGGGUGAAGGUGGGGACUCCCAAAAGAGGAGAAGAAUGAAGCAGGUGGUGUCCAUGAUCCAGGUUGAAGGCUCCCCAGUCCUGCCCAGUGAGUCGUGCAUGGAGGUGCCCGGCGUCAACGACAUCCCAGAGGAGGAGGAGAAGGAUGGAAAUGAGGAGGAGAACUCUGAUGGUAAAAUUUCUGCUGACCAGAUUGGAUCUGAAAGUCCCAAAGCUUCAGAGAACCCUCCAGACUCGUCAGACAUUUCUGUCGUGAAGGAAGAGGAAGUCAAACCAGAUGAACAGGAGAAAGAAGAAGUCCCAUUGAAGGUUGAAUCUGCCGUAGAAAGUGCUUCACCUGUAGAGGAGAAGGGUCAGGGAGGGGACAGCCAGCCUUUGGUGGAGGAAGAACCACCCUCCAACCAGGAGGAGUCAGAGCAGGCAUUGCCACCACCACCACCUGAGGAAAUUGCAUCUGGAGCUACAGAAACGGCUCCAGAGAGCCUCCCAGAGUCGACACCUGACUUCCCCGCGCCUCCACAUGAUGACAGUGGCUUCCAGUCUCCCAGUAGUGAAGGGGUGGAGGCAGAGGACGAGGAGGAGGAUGUGGCCCCUAGCACAGCGGCCCCCCAGCCCUUGGAGGAGCCCUCAGAGGAGCACCCGGAGGUGACGGAGUCAAGUGUUGCUGCAGCGCCUGAAGCAGAGACCAAAACCAGUGACUCUGAGACCAAAGACCAGUGAUGAAACAAUUUCCAUUUAUGAGACCUGAAUUGAAUUCUGCCCUGCUUUGUUUUUGUUUUGUUUAUCUGACAAAGAUUGAAAGACACUUUUCACAAUUCUGUUUCUGUGACACCUGUUUCAGUUUCACAACAGUUUUCAGUUCCACACCAGUUUCAGGCACAGUCAUCACUGUGCAACCGAUUAGUUUCACUGAGCAGGGCUCAGGUGCUGUCGCCAUUUUGUUAAAUAUUGUUUUUCUGUGUCAUCUUCACAUCUGGCAGAAAAUCCUCAGCAAACUCAGAGCUUUCAAUCCUCAUCAGUUCUACACUUUAGAUUAUUUUCACCUGGUAUAAAUGUGAGCACAGUGGAUGACCUCGAGUCCGUAAUGGUGUGUUGUAAACAUGUAACAAGUUGCAAGAACACCCCAGUUGAGGUGUCUUUGGUGAAAUACUUGUGAAUUGACUUAGCUCUUAAGUGUAUCUUGGUAAACUACUGUGAUGCCUCCAAUAACCUUCAACAAUUAGAUUGUGUUUUUUAUAAAGUUUGUUGUAAAUACAAUUAUUUGAAAUUCACAUAUUGGUUAACAGAAAAUACUUUACACAAUGUGCAAAAGCCCUAGUUGUUUUUUUUCCCCAUCUCAAACAUGCAUUACAAUUCAUAUAUUGCUUUGAUGAACACUCUGACAUCUUAAGACUUGACAAUUUUUUUGUUGGUGGGAAUAACACUAUUUUAUAAGUUUGUCCCGUAACAAAGUAAACUUGUGUAUAUUGUGUAUAAAUACUUCUAUGGACGGGGGAACAACCAAACUGUCAUUUUACAACAUUUUAUAUCAUUUCCUAAGUGCCUUAGCUGAUCUCUCCACCCCCUAUUUUAUUUAUUAUUCUGCACCCUCUUGUCUUUCUUGUCCUAUAUACUUUUAGGUUUCUUUUACUCUUGUGUGAUCCGAAUGA